CAGAUACAAAGAUUGGCAAUUUUAGCCGAGCUAGCUUUGAUAGCAAAAAGUUCCCAACUCCCACAGACAUACCCACGCAACUCCGUACCCUUCCCCCAUACCGAACCGCGCAUUAGGAUUCCCCGUAACGUUCUACUCGCCACAAGAAACAAAUCGCCCGUCCAACCCACCCUCGACUCGCACAUACCACGCUCCCCUACCACAAUGGCCCUGCCCACGCUCGCCCUUCCGGGCACCCUCCUCGGCCCAGCCACCAGAUACGCCCCCGGUCCCGGCACACACGUCCACGACUCGUCCAUCUACGCCUCGAUAGCCGGCACCGUCGCCUCCAGCCCCUCCCCAAACCCUACCAUAACCAAGCUCCCGCUCCUCUCCAUCUCACGGCCCGGAGAUGCCAGCCCAUCCUCGGCCAAUGUCCUCCCCGAAGUCGACGCCCAAGUCCUCGCACGCAUAACCCGCCUAGGCGCACGCUUCGCCUCGGCCGAAAUUCUCGUCAUCGCACCCUCCAACGCUACAUCCAUCUCCGCCGACGCCGCGGUCUGCAGCACGCCCUUUACCGCGCAGAUCCGGCGCGAGGACAUCCGUGCGACGGAGAAGGACAAGGUCACCGUGCAGGACAGUUUCAGAGUUGGCGACUUGAUCCGCGCCGUGGUGAUCAGUCUGGGCGACCAGGGUGGGUAUUAUUUGAGCACUGCCAAGAACGAAUUGGGAGUCGUGGUCGCGCGGGGAGAGGGGGGCGAGGUGCUGGUGCCGGUCAGUUGGAGGGAGGUUAGGGAUCUGAGGACGGGGAGGCGGGAGGCGAGGAAGGUUGCAAAGCCUUUUUGAAUGGUGGGGAAAGAUGGUCACGGGGAUGGCCGGAAGACGGUGCAGCUAAGGGGGGAAACACGACGGGCAUGAUCUUGGAAAAGAAGAAAUCGAGAUACAGCAUGGGAUGGUACGGAUUCGGUGGCCAGGCGUGCAGUGCGGUGGAAAUGCCACGCACAAAAUAUGAUACCCAUUCAAUGAACUACAAAGUUUGCUACAAAUCGUCUCG